AUGACGUGUUGUCUGAUGUUAUCCGGUGGCAGUCUGACGCGCGCGGGUGAGAUGAGCGCCCUCACACCGUAUCGCGUCGCGAUCCUUACCGCGUCAACCGCCGAGGGACGAUUCCGCGGACGCCCAAGGCUCUCAAGGUCGCCGACGUCCGGGAACGACGCCGUCGUCUCCCGAGUCGUAUCAUCUUGUCGAUCGGGAACACUCACCAACCGUUGCCGAGCGUCCAGGAGCUCCCGACAGGCUCCCUGGAACGAUGUGCGCGUCGAAUCCGGCUUCGCGUUCCGGCGUCGCGUCGUAGUUCACACCACCGCGGACAGGACCGAGGGCGAGGCGUCGGCGACCCCAGCCGCCGAUGCCGUCCCGGUGAUUCGCUCGGGGAGGUUGAGAGACGUCAUCGUCGACGAAGUCUUGGACGCCAUCGAGGGCACCGACAGCGGACGCAAGAUGUCCCCGGAGCAGAGGGACGCGACGGACGCGAACCUCGCGGAAUUAGAGUCCAUCGGCAAGACCCAGGCUCCGAACUCGCUCGCCGACCCUCUCAUCUUCGGCGACUACGACGUCGCGUACGUGAGCACGGGCGGGAGACAGAUCGGCAACCCCGCCGGCGGCCGGUUCCGGGGCGGGCUCGGCGCGAUGCUCUUCCGCACGAUCGGCCUGGAGCAGAACCUGUACGAGCCCAACGUCGUCGUCAACCGCGUGGCGUUCCUCGUGUUCGGCCUCAUCCCCGGCGAGGUGGUCUUGAACGGGACGUUCGCCGCGCUCACCGCCGAGCUCGCGGAGAAAAACGAAAAGGGCGAGGUGAACCCGUUCGGCAUCGACGACGGACAGACGGUGCGAGCGUUCUUCGACCCGCCGCGGAUAACCCUGGGCGGGUUACCGUCCUUCGGAAUCGGCCCCAAGUCGUCGGUGGUGCUGUCGACCACCUACCUCGAUGAGCGAGUGCGUCUCGGCCGCGGGUCUCGCGGGUCGCUGUUCGUGUUCACGAGAAAAUCCGAGGAACAAGCCGCGAGGGACAGGCGGCGGUGGAGCGUGGGCGGCCUCGGCGUGACGAUGAUGCUGGCGUGCACCGCCGCGCUGUUCGUGUUCGCGGUGAGGCGGUUCCGGAGCGGUGGGGUCACGGAGCUCAGCGUGGCGACGGCGGUGGCUGUCGCGGUGUCGUUCGCGAUGGCGCUCGUGAUGCGGCAGGGCGGGAUCAUCGCCGAGGACGCGGACUACGACGAGGCGUACGAGAAGACGGUGGAGGCGAACAAGGCGGUGACUAAGGCUGCGCGGGAAGGCGAGGGUGAGCAGUGA